UUGGCAUGGCUUUCUGGUAAUAAACAAAACGUACGAUAUGGAUUUUGUAUCCUGUCGGAGCUUCUUUGGUAUUUUCAUAAACAAUUCAAAUGUUUCAACCAGUCCUUAAACGCCUGUCUAAUAAAUCAUGCUGUUGGUUGAUGCCUUCAACAACAUGCUAACUAGCCAAUAACAACUCCCAGGGCUAACGGAGUUGCUAACUGUUUUUAGCUCUCUGGGAAAUGUCUCUUAGUACAUUUUGAAGAAGAUGAAGAGGAAAGUGGCUAAACUGAGACUGAGCCCUAACGAAGAGGCUCGGAUAAUACGAGAGGAGCAUGAGAGGAGGAGGAAGCGGCGGAUUCAGCAGGUGCGGGAGCAGCAGCGGUAUAUCUCGCUAAAGAUCUGCAGAGAGGUGGAGCGCAGGCGGCAGCGUGAGCUGGAGCAGCUGGAGAAGGACCUGAGGCAGGACUGGGAGCGGAAGCAGAGGGACAAACUUCACACCCUGCAGACAUUAUACCAGGAGAGCCUCCAGCUGCUCGGCCAGGGACACAGGAGUGCAAAAGAAAAUGAACCCGACUUGGAAGCCAUAGCUCAGAGGGAGGAGGAAAAUAAGGUCAAAGCAGAGGAGCGUUACCGGGAAGCCAUGAAGGAGCUCAAAACACAGAGGCUUAAAGACCAUGAGGGGCAAAGCCGAUCAACCAUGGCCAGGAAGAAGGCACUACAGACAGAAAAGGAAAGAUCAGCAAAAGUGGCCAGUCUCCCUAAGCCCCCCCCACACCCAAUUCAGAGCAUUGAUUUCAAGAACCCACAUGUAGUGAAGAAAUCUGAUGUGAGUGCUUUUGCAGCCACACAUUAUCAUAUGCCUGACAGCACAGUGGACAGAGAGGCAGACACAGAGCAGCCCAGUGCCCAUGAGGGAGCUGAGCUGGAGAUGAGGAGGCUGCAGGAUUUAAAGAAGGAGGAAAUGAGGAGGCGAGAGGAGCAGUUGGAGAAGGCUCGUCUCAGAGGGAAUCAGGCGCUGAGGAGGGAACAUCUGGAGCAGGAUCGAGAGCGAUUGCUUGUUGAACUGGAGCACAUGCAGCAGACAGACCUGCUCAGGAGGAGGCAGCAGGUUUUCCAGAUGCCUUCUCAGAUCUUCCAGCCUCUCUAUAAGAGACAGGAGACAGCAGAGGACUACCAGAGGGAGAUGGAGUUUGCCUUUGAGGACAUGUACACAGGAGAGAGGAGGCUUAAAGGAGACCUGGUGGUGCAGCUGGUUCCGGAGCCUCUGCCGGCUCUGUCCACAGGGAGCCAGGACCAGGAGCUGGACGUCACGCAGGAUGAAAUCCCCCCACAAGGAGCAGGAACCACACAAUAUGACCCCGAGCAGGAAACAUCCGUUCAAGUGGAGCCCUCCAAGCCUGCUCCUAGACGGGCGUUAAGGAAGCUCUUGGAUCGUAUCAGGAACCAGAGGAACCAUUGGACUGAGCAGAACUCUCAUCUUCCUGCAGCCGAACCACCGACCCCCAUCACAGAUCAGAUCCCAGAGCGGGACACCACCAUGGACACAGGCUCUCUUAACAGCGAGGAGACACACAGCCUGGAGCCUGCCCCCUCCCCACCAGCGUUGAAGACAACGGAGCCGCCAGCUGCAGCAGACACUCAACUUCCAGAUGUACUUGCCAACAGAAUAAAACAGUUUGAAGAAGAACGAAAGAAAAGGGAUGAGGAGCUCGAGAGAGAGAAGCAGCAGCAGGUGGUUUUGCUCCAGGAGCUUGAAGAGCAGAAAGCCAAAUUGGAGCAGAUGCUGCAUGAGGCUCAGCAGGAGAGAGAAGAGCUGAAGGCUGCUGUGACCCAGGAGGCUCCUAUCAACCAACCAGAAGUACCCAUCCAUGAGCAGGAAGCCCCCUCUGUCCCUCCUGAGCUGGUGCCUCCUGCAGGCGAAGAUGAGCACGCCAGAAGGAUCAGAGAGUACCAAGAGCGACUGCUGCAGCAAAACAGCCUUCACCAGAGGUCAGUGGAAGUGGCCCGUCAGCGCCUAGAGGAAUACCAGCGAGCUCUACGGAUUCGCUACAACAUGACCCCCACAUCUUUACUUCCCGCUGCAGUGCCUCCAGGCCUCUUUCCCCCCCCUCCGCACGGUGUUCAGUCUGUGCAUCCUCCAGCUCCUCUUCAGCUCCCUACACCUCCGGCCUCGCAGGCAUACAUCCACGCCAAAGCACAAACCCCUGUGGAAGUUCCCACAAGAGAGUCGGACAUGUUAGCUUCAUAUUCACAACCUCCUAGCUCAAAUAUGAGCUCUGCCUCCAAGUUGGUGCCAGAUGAAGUUGAAUAUAUUUCGAGCAAUCCCAGGAACCAGAAGUUCACUGCCUGGCUGACAGACAACAUCAUGGAGAGAGUCACAGGGCAUCUCACAGAGAGAGUGAGAGCAACACGUCACUCAGCCAGCAUCAGACUGCAGCCAACCUCUGAUUCAAUCCAAGGCAGUAGCUCCAUCAUCACCUCUGGUGCACCUCUGGCUCCAGUUCCAGAAACUGUUAGGCCUGUGACCCUGCCACAUUGUUCGCUACGGACCGGGUCCCUGAGCUCCACAGAGGACGACAGGAUGGAGAGGCAGAGACAAGAGCUGCAGGAGGUCCAGAGACGAGAGCUGCAGGAGUUCCAGAGAGCAGAGCUGCAGGAGGUCCAGAGACGAGAGCUGCAGGAGGUCCAGAGAGCAGAGCUGCAGGAGGUCCAGAGAGCAGAGCUGCAGGAGGUCCAGAGACGGCUGCUGGAGCAGAGGGAGGGGGUGGCCCUUCAGCAGAGGCAGCAGGAGGAGGAGAGGCGACAACAGGAAGUGGAGAUGGAGCAGAUGAGGCGGCAAAAGGAGACGUUGCAGGCUCUCAUUCAAACUGAAGAACAACCACUCCCAGAGGCUGCCAGAGGAGUUUUGGAUUCAGGGAGCAUCAGGCAGACCCGUCUCCAGUUACUUGCCUCCCUGCUGAGAGCUUUAGAGGAGACUAACGGAGGAACUUUAUCCCACCUUGAAGACCCUCUCAUGGCUCAGAGUGAUGCCCCUGCUGCCCCAGCAUCUGCCCCCCCCUCAGGACUCCUCCCUCCUCCUCGAGCAGCAAAGCCCCCUGUGACCCGUGUCAGGCUGAGCAUCAUGGAGAUGAUGACUGAACAACACGAGCUUAGUGCUAUUCAAGAAGUGGAGACGUCAGUCAACACCAGCCAAUCAAAAGGUCCUGAGAGUAGUGUACCAGCUCCUUCACACUCUCUGCGCUGGGAUCUGCAGGAGGACUAUGAAGCGUCGGUGGUCUCUGACAGCAGUGGGCAGCAGACUGCCAGCAGCCCUGAAACAGACUCAUCAACAUCCAGCCAUGUCCUCUGGAGAGAGAGGCUGCUGGUGGGAGUAUCUCCAGAAUCCUCAGAGUCUGAUUCUAUCCUGAGGAUCAUCUCCCCUCCUUCCUCUGACUCUGGGAGAGGAGCCGACUUCUCUGGUCCUGGAAUCACAAGCUGCAGGUCCCCCACAGAGGUAACCAGGCACUGCAGACAACUCAGUUCAGACUCUGUCCUCCUCUUAGAACAAGUCAUCCCCCUAGUGGCAAACCUUGACAAAAGACUGAUGAAGUGA